CGCUUACCCUCCCCUGGAAACGAAGGGAAGCCAGGUACGAGUUCGUUAACUAACCGCCAAGUCGGUAACGUCUUGGCCUGUUAAAACCCGGCCCCUCUGCCCCGCUCUCUACAAGCCCAGCUGCCGUUGCAUCUCCCGAACCUGCUAGCGCGCGGUACGUGCCACAGACGCCGGCCGGCCGAUGGAGUUCACGUCGUCCUACUUCCACGCGUUCGGCAACCCCGACUUCGCGGCAGUGUUCUCCGGCGGCGGCGGCGGUGGCAUCACGCAGGCUUUCCGGCCGCGCCCCUCGGCCGACGUCGACGCCCCCGGCGCGAAGGCAGCCGCGGAGAGCAGGAGCCCAGCGGCGAGGCGCGCACCCUCCGUGUUCUGCGUCCCCGACACGGAGGCGGAAGAGGCGCACCACUUCCUGGACGAGUGCUCCCUCUGCCGCAAGGCCCUCUGCGGCGACAUCUUCAUGUACAGAGGGGACACGCCGUUCUGCAGCGACGAGUGCAGGAGGGAGCAGAUCGAGAUGGACCGGGUGAAGCACCGGAGGAAGAAGCAGCACUCCCCCACUGCGCAGCAGGCGGCGGCGGUGACCGCGCACAGGGAGCCUCCCCAGCGGCAGCUUCAGCCACAGCACUAGAUCGAGCCCACGAAGGAUCUACACCGAUUCGAACUCGAUCCCACGUACCGACGGAGGAAGAAAGAAUUCUUGCACGUACGAUUGUAGUACUAGACAAGGAUUCUAGCAGCCACGACCCGUAUUUCCCCGGCGAUUGUGUAAAGGGGAGGUGACGAAGGUAGUGAAGGUUGUUUUGUGUACUACUACAAUGAGCACGCGAGUUUGUUGCUCGUCUUGCUCUUUUUUGUUCGAUUCCUGGUUAAGACCAGGGCCACUGGAGCCAGUGAAUGAGCUCUUUCCUAUAUUAGGGUGAUGUUUUGUGGGAAAA